AUGGAGUGCAAAACUAAAGAGAAUCGUGAAGCUGUAGAUGUCGAACCACACCCUUCUACUUCAACUACUACUGUGGGCGAACAUUCUUUGGGCAUAGAAAGUGAUACAAACACAGAGGAAGAGAGUUCACAGAAAUCAUCAUCAGAAGAUGAAAAUGGAAAAAGCACGCUCUUUGAUCCAACGGACUGGCCUGAUAUGCUUACUAGCUCACUAAAAGAAACCAUCGUUCUGAAAGGUCUGGCAAAGCCAAAAGGGCACUUUGCAUUUCCUAAAGAUGCAUCCAAGAGACGGUUUACAUCAACCCACUACAGACGGCGCCUUGGAAAUGGUGAAGUGCAUGUUAGAAAGUGGCUUAGUUAUUCUCCUAGACUGGACAAAAUAUUUUGCUUUUGUUGCAAACUCUUUACAACUACGAAAAUAAGCCUGACAACGGGAGGCUACAAUGAUUGGAAAAAUUUGUCCCAGUGUCUGGCUACACAUGAAGUGUCUCACCUCACUGCUAUGGGAAACUGGACCCAACUGUUAACAAGGCUUGGGUCUGGAAGUACUAUUGACCAUUCAUACCAAAGAUUAUUGGCAACUGAAACGCAGCACUGGCAGAAUGUUCUUCAGCGGCUUGUAGCCAUUGUUCAAUAUCUUGGGAAGCAGUGCUUGGCCUUCAGGGGCAGCAGUGACACGCUGUACUCUGAAAAUAAUGGAAAUUACUUGAAACUUGUAGAAAUUAUGGCAACAUUUGAUAGUGUGAUGCAAAGCCACUUGAAAAAGAUACAGAAUUCAGAAAUUCAUCAGCAUUAUUUAGGAAAAGACAUCCAAAAUGAACUAAUUGAUUUAAUUUCAAAAGAAAUACGGAGACGCAUUCUACGGUUGCUUAAGGAUGCCAAGUACUAUUCCAUUAUACUUGACUGCACCCCUGACAUCACUCUUGUUGAACAGAUGACUAUGGUUUUCAGGUUUGUAUCUGUUAAGCAAGGAGACUCGCCAAUUGCAAAUCCUGAAAUACACGCCGAGGAAAGAUUUCUUGGUUUCCUAACAGUUCACAACUCAUCUGGAGAAGGAUUAACAGAGGCAAUUUUGAAUGAGCUUGAAAUGCUGAAGAUACCACUCAGUGAUAUGAGAGGUCAAGGGUAUGAUAAUGGCUCCAACAUGAAGGGAAAGCACUCAGGAGUACAAAAAAGAAUCAUGGACCUGAACUCACGUGCUUUCUAUGUCCCCCGCAGUGCUCAUUCCUUAAAUCUUGUAGUACAUGAUGCUGCUAUGUGCUGUAGAGAUGCCAGUACAUUUUUUGGCAUUCUUCAGAAAAUAUAUGUUUUUUUUUUUUAUCAGGUUCAACAAAUCGAUGGGAUUUAA